UCCUUUUUUUUAGGCUUAGCAUAUUACCCAGUCACCUCCCUGUAUUUAUUGAAUUCUCUUCUCACCAUGUCCUCUGUAAAACAACAAACAGACCAAAAAAUAAAUAAAAUUAAAAAAUCUGCCUGGUAUCUCUUCUGGCUUUGCACACGUCUCUUCCACUGCCUCUUUUUAUUUUCUCCACAUAUAAAGUUGGUGGUGUGCUCAAAUUGCAAAUUAGUUGUCUUUUUCCUGCUGGUUUGUUUUCUUUGCUCUCAACACUAGACACAGGUGACAUUUGCACUUUCACUGUCUUUCAGAUAGGGAGAGUUGAGCUGAACCAAAGCAUCAACACCAAUCAGGCUGUUUCUGAAGAGCUACACUUUUCAGGGCCAGCAAUGGAAAGUCCCAGAGGGAAUACCACCCAAGGUCCUAGGGAUGAAGAGGUCUGUGACAGUGAGGGCCAGCUGUCAAGGCAGACAGCAUGUCCUGCACGGAAGAACUCUUCUGAGAAAACAGCCAUCAGGAGAGUGUCAAUGACUCUCAAAGAGAUUGUCACUGAGGAGAGAGGCCCAGAAUCCAGUGAACUUAGUCUAAGCUCAAAACUUAACACACAGCGAAAAACUCCAAAGGGUGCCAGAUUCCCCAUAUCUAGGAAAAACUCCAAAGAUAAUUCAGGUUUAAUUAAACACAAACUCUUUCCACAAAAGAAACCUUGUAAAUACAGUGAGUGUGGGAAAGCCUUCAGUUAUAAAUCACACCUUUUUAUCCACAGUAGAAUUCAUGGUGGAGAAAAACCUUUUGAAUGCAAUCAAUGUGGGAAAACUUUUAGCUGAAGUACACACCUGAUUAAGCAUCAAAGAACUCACAUGGGAGAGAAACCUUAUGAAUGCAGUGAGUGUGGGAAAGCUUUCAGCCGGAGUACCCACCUUGGUCUACAUCAGAGGAUCCACACUGGAGAAAAACCGUAUGAAUGCAGUGAAUGUGGAAAAGCCUUCAGCCGAAGCACUAACCUUAGUCAUCAUCAGCAAACUCACAUUCAAGAAAAACCUUACAAAUGUAAUGAAUGUGGGAAAGCCUUCAGCGACCGUUCAACCGUAAUUCAGCAUCAACAAAUACACGCGGGAGAGAACCCCUAUGAGUGCAGUGAAUGUGGAAAAACUUUCAUCUGGGUCUCAUCCCUCAUUGAACAUCAGAGAACACACACUGGAGAGAACCCCUAUGAAUGCAGGGACUGUGGGAAUCAGGGACUGUUCAGUCGAGGCUCAUCCCUCACUGAACACAGAGUCCACACUGGGGAAAAGCCGCAUGAGUGCAGAUUGUGUGGAAAGGGCUUCAGUCGGAGCUCAUCCCUUGCUAUUCACCAGAGAAGUCACACUGGAGAGAAGCCUUACAAGUGUAAUGACUGUGGGACAGCCUUCAGUCAGAGCUCAACGCUCAUCAGACAUCAGCAGCUUCAUGUUAAACAGUGACAUCUAGGCUUUCAUGAAUGUUAGCCGAAGAGCAUAUUGCAUACCCUCCUGCAACUGAAAAGAAAAG